AGGGAAACAUGCACUGCCUUCUAGUGCACAAGAAUAGAACCAACACUCCAACUACAUUCUCCAUGUAGAUCUACAGACUACAGUUGGGACUGUCCCACCCCCCAGAACCAUUUAUAAACCAAGUUUUAUCCCGAGGAAAAUAAAUCAGUCUUUCCAGUCAUCAGUGGACGAUCAUUCACACCGCUACCCCACAAACUAAACUACUUGAACCAACCUCCUCCCCAACCCCAACCACAUUGAUUUAUUUACUAUUUAAUAACCACCUCCACCACCACCAAUAAUCCAUAACCCCAGAACAAUUACCACAGAACAAUUACCACAAAACAAUUCACCACAAACCUAUCACUACAAAAACAACCCUCAAAAUGCUCUUCACCACCAUCCUUGCCUCCACCAUUGCCCUGGGAAUGGGCGUCUCCGCAGCUCCCACGGCCAGUCCCUCUCCCAACCCCAACUACCGCUACGUCCAGCUGCGUGUCUACGGCGCACCCGGCUGUUCGGAAUUAAACCAGGGCGAGUUGGGAGUGUACGGCGACAGCCUCAACAAGUGCCAGACCUUCAACGACAUUACCAUCAAGUCUGUGCGCUUCGAAGCCAAGUAUCAGGAAAGCUGUACCGUAACUCUCUAUGAUGACGUCACCUGCCAAACUAAUCGCCGCGAAGUCCAGGUUGAGACCUGCCUUUCCGGUGACGACUCGGAACAGUUCCGCAGCUAUAUUGUCGAGUGUCCUGGUGUCUAAGCCAGGGAUCUGGACUUGCGUGGUCUUUCUCUUUUUUUUUUUUUUUUUGUUUUUAUCUAAUAUGUGAACGUCAUGAGAAGAUGAGUGGGUCAGGUGGUUACGAUUAGUAUUUGAUAUGAUAUUAUGUACAGCGUGUAUCUAGUCUUAUAAUAACUUAUAUAUAAUUAUG